AUGUUUACGGAACAGGAUGCGAUGCCUAUAACGCAAUCACAAGAGCCCUCGAUGAUUCCGAAUACAUCUACACAGCCACAGAACAAUGAAGAACAUUCUCGAACCAAGACAAAAAAAAAAUCCAAAAAGUCUUCUCACCACCGUACCAUCCCACGUGCCCCACACCGGCAGCUUUUUCUUACCGACACCUCCCAGUUAUUACCCUUUCACAUUUCGAAAAAAGGCCGGAUGUCUACGCAACAGUUGCUGUACCAAAAACAUGAAGGCAACGCCACACACCCUUCUCGCGCGCCGCAUGAUCCCUCCGUCUUUCUUUCCACCAGUAGCAGGGUUUCUACUGAAUCACAGCCACAUCAUGACCCAUCACUCAUUCCGCAUUCUACCUUGAGUAAGGGCCACGAAGGGUCUAAUUCGGUCGCCUCGGAUGCAUUUUUUUAUCGUAAUGCCCAACAGGGUGAACUGCCGCACGGCCAGAGCCAUCCACAUGACAUCCACGAAACGCAACCCCAGGGAAAGGAUCUUGGCCCUACGAGGUCACUGCGCAAUCAACUUAUCUACGCAGACCGUUUUUUUUACAUAUCCGAGCCUGUGGAACUUCAGAUCGAGUCGAUGUCUGGACCUUGCGUCCGCCUUAUGCUCUUUCUUUGGUAUUUUACCUUCCUCCUUUGUGUAGGAAUUGACAUGUUCCCGCGACUGCGGUGGGAUAUGCUAGAUAUUUGCAACUCGGAAAGCGUGAGCUUGAAGAAUCUCGGUCAGUGGAGUAGCACCUGCUUCGAAACUCAGCCGUCGUUGUCAAAGCCCGGACACUUCAAUGUGACCUGGGUCCCGAAUAUUCAGGAAGAUCGCGUCACCCCAUACUACGCGCUACGCCAUGUUGUGGUGAGUACACCACGGCCCUCCACACUCUCUUCCCCGGAGGUUCGCUACAACGAACUCGUCGGGGUUAUCACCGGCGAUGACGAAGUCCCGAUUGUGUUGGGCCCCAUGGAAACGACGCUUUAUUGCAGCGAAAAAAACAGCCUAUGCGAUGUGCUGAAACUUCCGGGUGGGGUAAUGUUUCCUUUUCGUGGGUUGUUUUUCCCUGAGCUCUCGCCGGAGUUGAUGAAUGCGAUGACUGGAGGAUCAAGUGGGAUGGGUCCAUCGGCCUCUAUUGGGAUCUUCUUCGAGCGAAAGAGUUACACUAUUGUUUCAGUUGUUUGCCGUUACUGCUUUAUGGCCUUUUCUAUGAUACACAUGUUGAGGUUCACGGUAUAUCGCAGGUACACAAGCCAUCUAUACGAGCAGAGUUGGAUUAUCGGGUUGCAAAUAUUCUUGAUUUUUUAUUUGAACCCACUUUUUGUAGAGAACCUAUCAGCACAUCCAUUUUCUGGCAUUCUACAUUUUUUUGAAGCUUCUCUACCAACUUGCUUUGUAGCGAUGAACCUAGCUUUCAUGUUCUCCGUUAUGACUGCCUCAAUGUUAUGGGAACAGAACACAGACAAAUGCAAGGCAGUUCACGAGAAGGACAUGACGGUGGACAGCGAUAAGGAGAGCCUCAAUCUCUAUGGGACCAUACGAUCGAGGAGCUGUUUGACCACUCUUUAUAAAUUUUUAUUCUGCAGCAAAAACUUAUAUGAUCCACCAUUGUGGACGAAGCUUAUUGCCGUUUCUUAUGUUUUUUUCAUAUUAUUGUACCAAAUUGUUCGCUCAAUUAAUAGUCCAGACUACGCCUUUGCUGGUACGGGCUUUAGCGUUAAGCUUGGAGACAUCAACUGGUGUAUUUGUGCACUUGUCUUAGGGUGUCUAAUUUGCUUUGGUUUGCUCUUUUACUUAAACAACCACCUGGGUAAAAAGCCGUACCUUGAAACCCGCCCGCAGCAGCUUGCUUGUUGUAUGUUUCUUAUGAUAUUCCUGUUUAUUAUUCUAUUUUAUAUCGCCAACUGCAUCACGCUCUAUGCAUAUGUAAGUCGCUUUUAUCCUGUUACUAAUCCGUAUUUUCCGUUCACACAUCUUACCUCGCUGACGCUGAAUACGCUUUUUGUGAAUAUCAUGACAUUUGUCUACACUACUCAACCACGAGACGAUAACGUUCCAAUUCAUCCAAAUGACGAGCGCUGGAUGUUCAUGGUGUGGCCGCACACAUGGCAUACAUGGCUCGCUCGGCACGGUGGAAGCCAGUAUAUUUUUUUCACCGAACGUCAAGAAACAAAUUUUUACAAGCUUCAACUCGAUUUUCACAAGCGUCAGUUAUUAGCACGAUUGAAAAGGAAAAGGGAUACUAGUGUAGAAAAGAAGCAUUGGGCCCAUGGCGUUGGGAAGGCCAACUUGGAUAAACCGUCAUCAACUAUGGAUAGGUCUCAAAUAGAGCAAACGAACCAAACAGAGGGUCUUAUCGAUCUUAAGAAUCACACUGGUAAUAUUAUUUUCGAUCACAAAUUGACUAGUCCAUACACAAAAGAAGCCAAGCAAAACGAGGAUACCCUCGCACUUCCGAGCAUAUCAAAGAUGGCCACCUCAGGAAAAUCCCAAUCACUUAAUUUACAAAAGGAACACUUCCCUGAUUCAGAGAUAGGGAUGGUUCCCAUACGGAUUAAAAGUAGUCUUAGCCCUUCUGAGUGUAACUUACCAAAUCUGGUUAGCAGCUCUGUGAAGAACGAACAAGAAAACUUACCCUACGGGAUUUCACCUGUUUCAAAACCUUCCUGCAAACACUCAAGGGUGGGUUCAAAAGUGGGGUUUAUUGAAGAAAACUUAAACCACUGUAACGGCACCCGUAAGGGAGACAUGAAGAAAGGAUUAGGCUGCAUGGACUGCUUCAGCAGCUCCUACUUACCAGAAUUACCGGAGGACGAUAAUAUUUAUAUGCUAUCACGGUCAAGGCGACACGUGACGCCGAAUGACAAGAUCCCACUUCUUAACACAUCUGUCGAGCUGCACGCAUCGAACUUAGUGAGCCCUAGGUUAGUAUGCGGUGUGGAGGGACACGCCAAGCAUUCCGCCUAUUUGGAAUCGAGCACGAAGCGAGCGUGCAUUCAAGCGAUCACCGAAUCAGCUCGAACUCAAUUUCACAGCAAUCAGCUUGUACCGUUAAGCCCUCCCAGCCAUGGGAUGAGGGAGACGCCAAGCCGGGAGGGGUACUCUCUUUCUCUCUCUGCGACCGACAAGGAUGGAUCGUCAGUUCGGUCGGUGGGUUUGAUGAUGGGUACAUUGCAUUCCAGAACUCCCACACCGCAACUCGAACUUUCUUCUUCUCAUUGUGGACACUUAUCGCUUAAGCAUCGAGGCGCUUGCAAACGAGCGCGUUCUCACGACUGCAACAUCGCGCCGAUGGCGACUUCCAGAUCGAAGCAGUCGAUCAAGGGCUUCCCUGUUCGCACCCCGCGAGAGGUGCUUUUAACUCAACCUUCUGAUGAUGCUAGUAGCGUGGGUUCUGAAUACAAUCGGUCCACUUUCCAAAGAGCUGUGAACAAAGUCCACCUUGGGAUCAAUAAGCUUGUGGGCGUUGCCGAGCGGAAUCUUGUCAAGCGACCAAUGCACCACAUUGGGCAAUUGCAAAAAAUCGUUCUGGAUGCGUUCUACAAACCUUUUGAAAGCUCCAACUACUUGCCUUUCUUCAAUCUUGAGACCGCAAUCGAUUGCUUCAACUUGUCCUGGGAGGUAUACCAUCUCGAGUAUAACAACAUCGUUGAAUAUGAAAAGACAGAUAUGUGGUUAAAUCUAAACAACGUGUUUCAAGUGAUUUCAUCCUUUUUCAGGUGUUGCUUAUGUCGCGGUCAUGUACCUGAAGAAGUUUCAGACGAAAGCAAUAAGCACCUCAUAUUUCCGAGUGUGAGUAAGGAUCCACAUUUUGCCGUCAAGAUGAUCGAUCGUACAGACAAUGAACGAGUUGGGUCAGAAUUUAUCGGGAAACAGCCCUCUGAGACAGGUAAGGCCAGCCAUGUGAAUGCAAAGAUAGGAAUAAUAUCCAACAUAGCGCCUUACAAAGUUGAUGAAAAGCGUAAGCAGAUGAUCUAUACCCUAGUGGGGUCUUCAGUGGUUGAAAAAAUCAAUAAUGACGCUGACGCCUGUGUUAAGUAUCCCAAUGGUGGCAAUUCAGCUUCAAGACAUCUUGAAGCCAAUCCUGUGAAGCCGCAAACCAAUGCCAAGGGAGCGGAGCAGCUAACCAUGGCACCCAGCGCGUUCAGCCAUUCCGCUCAACCUGCCCCAAGGACCGCGCGGUAUGAACAGUCCACCUCAGAGGUCAUUCCCGAUAAGCCUCACCUACCCACUGGCGUACUUCCCAUGUGCCUGGAGCGCUACGGCUACAUUCCCAUUUGGGUGACGCAGAUCAAAGAAGUGCAAGUCCUUAUCGCCAAGAUCGACACGAACGCUCCUGAGCAUUUAUACAAAGCCCCGCGCAUCGUAAUUUCCCUGCGCGGCACCGCAAACUGGAGCAACGCGCGAGACGACAUGAAGAUCGAACGUUUGGUGUGGGAUGAGAUGGUGGAGGACAUUGCCGCGAUGAACGACAGCGACAAUGACGAUUCCCUCAUGUUGAAGCUCAAGAGUCGUGCUUUUAUGGGCUGCGCCUCGCUCGGGCGGGUGUGGAAGCCUUCUUGCCAUGGUGGAUUUCUCACCAUAUGGAAGGCUAUGAGGCCAGUGGUGAUUGGAAAACUUCUCGAGGUUCUCCAGGGGGACCCCGACACGGUUUAUCGUGUCUUCACGACGGGGCACAGCCUUGGCGGGGGGCUAGCUUCGCUCUGCGCGUACUCAGUAACCCGUGAGCUCCAUCGAAUAAAAUAUCCUAUCCAGGAGGUCACCGUGUACAGCUAUGGUACGCCCCGCAUCGGAAAUACCAUAUUCUGCCGACUUUAUAAUCAUAUGGUACCCAGAACAUUUCGUGUGACGAAUGAGAGCGACCUCGUGGCAACGAUGGGGAUAUUCUGCGAUUCCCACGUCGGGAUCGAGGUUAAAAUCGAUCGCAAUGGGAACUACAUCGUUAAACCGACGGAUAUCGAGAAGAUCUUCCCACCAACGAAAGGUACUGGACUUUCUGUGAUGAAUCACCUGAUGUCUGCCUACGGUGCUUCGCUCAAUACCAUUGCGAUGCACUCGCAGUGCCUCGCACGGUGUUGGAACCCUUAUCUCACCAAAGCUUCGGACACUGAAUAUGAUGAAUGUGUGAGAUGUGGGGAUUAA